AUGGGGCCUUCCGAGGCACGACCUUACUUUUCAAGCCGAAGGGCCGUGGCUCCGCUCAAUGUCAUAAUUAUCGGCGCCGGUAUCGCGGGGCUGUCGGCCGGUAUCGCCCUUGCGCAGACCGGCCAUUCAGUGACCAUCCUCGAGCGAGUACCACAAAUCACGGAAGCCGGGGCCGGCAUUCAACUUGCGCCCAAUGCCACGAGAAUUCUCCGUAGAAUGGGGGUUAUCGAAGAGAUCAUGGAGCAUAUGUCUGUUCUUUCGAGAGUCAGCAUCAGGCGGUACGAUAGCGAUGAAGAGCUCGGAUCAAGCCCACUGAUGCCAGCCAUCGGCAUCCGAUACGGGGAACCGAUGGGCGUGAUACACCGUGGUGACCUGCAACGCAUACUUCUGAAAGCUGCUCUGGAGUCCGGCUGUUGCAUACGGACUUCACAAGUCGUCGUCGGCGUGCAUUCACGAUUCCUGCCUCAGGUGCAAGUAAGAGACGCUCUGACCGGGAUGUUCUCAUGGAUUUCCGCGGAUCUCGUCGUUGCAGCUGAUGGAAUCAACUCAAUUGUCCGGAAACAGCUUUCCACGGCAGCUGAGUUCUCAGAUGAGCCGAUGCCUGGAGGUGACGCAGCGUAUAGACUGCUCGUACCCCGUGAGAAGAUCAAGCACGACAGUAAGCUUCUGCAGAUGCUGGACCAGGACGUAGCUGUUCGGUACAUGGGUCCAGGAGGCCACGUGAUGGCAUACCCUGUGAAGAGGAACACACUAUAUAACCUUGUCCUCCUACACCCUGCAAAGGAGACCGAUCAGAGGGAUAUCGCAUCAGAGGAUGUCUGGUCUACCAAGGCUCAUAGGAAAGCCAUGCUGGACUUCUACAACGACUGGUCUCCCGCCGUCCGAGCAUGGCUGCGACACGCUGAGGAAGAGAUUCUGGAAUGGAGGCUCGACACGUAUCCUGCCAUGCCUCGUUGGGUCCGUGGAAACGUGUUGCUGCUCGGAGAUGCGUGUCAUCCUAUGCUGCCGUACGUUGCCCAGGGCGCCGCCAUGUCUAUAGAGGACGCCGCUGUACUGGCUGCCGCAUUGACGCGUACGUCGAACGUCCCCUUGGCGCUGGAAGUGUACGAGACUGUUCGCAAGGAACGGGCGGACAGGAUUGCGGCGAGUGCGGCGUCAACUGGACGCAGCCUUCACUUAUCAGACGGCCCGGAGCAGGAAAAGAGGGAUGAUGCGAUUCGACACGCUGUCGUUGGAGGCGAUCGAGAGGACCGCUGGUGUGAUAAUGAGUGGCAGGACUACAUGUGGGCCACCGACGUGACGAGGGAUACGAUUGAGAACUGGGAACAGCUGGUGGGAUUUCGGCCGCGAUUAUAA